GCUUGCAUUGGUCAGAAGAGAAUUUUUAACAACUGCGGGUUCAGUUUUGUGUUUGUACUUAAAGUUUUUGUUAUCUAUAAUGGACUCCGAACAUGAAAAAACCCUAUCCUAUAACUAUUUUGCCACCGCUCCUCCGGAAGAGAUGGUCCUGAACCAGUCACCGCCACGCCAACCUUAUACGCAGGUUCCUGAAUCGUCUGCGAAAAAUCCGAUGUCACCACAACCACCCGUGAUGAUCACUAUCCAUAACUCGGUUCCGGUGAACACAGUAGUUUGUCCCUCUUGCCAAAAGCCGAUUCACGUUCUACAUAAGCAACACCGUACUGGAAAGACUUACUGCUUCUCGGCGUUCCUCUGCUUUUUCCUUUGCUGGCCCUGCGUCUGCCUCCCUUGCUUCUUCAAGUGGGGCUAUAAGACCUCAAAGUUCUGCCCCCAGUGUAAAGCUAAUUUGGGAUCAUUUUGACCUUUAAGUAAGUUCACUUAUGUGCAGACACGAAGUAGUGCCUUAUCAUAUUAUGACUUACCAUACAAACAUAUGUAAAUACAUUCUUCAAUGAACUCUGUAUUUGUAAACUGUAAGUCAGAAUAAAUGA